CGCGCAGACCCGACUUAAGAGACUUCAUUCCAGGAUCCUUAGUCAGAUAGAUUCGAUCUGCAACUCCUAAGAGCCUUUCUCUUACUUAAAAACCUGCUCCCCCCUUCUCCAGAGCCGAGGAGGUCCUACUAAUACUACUAAUAUACUACAUAGUACGUGAGACAAGCCUCGAACCGGCGUGGUGCUUCCGUGCAACCAACCGUACUUUCUGCGCUCCUGGCACGCGCCACUCCGCCGCAGCGCUCCCGCUCGUCAACGUCGAGCCAGUUCAAAUCCCGGAGCGCGUGCUUCAAAUCCCGACGGGGGCAAGAAGAAAGCAUGAAUCGCAGCGAAUAACCAACUCUCCUUCCUUACCAUCCUGGCAGACAAGGGAAAGGAUCAUCUGGAAAGAGAUGGCGAGGGUCUCUAACACUUCCGCUUCAGGUACCAAGGCGGCCAAGCCAGCCAGGAAGAAGUUCGCUGUCCCCCCAGUAAAAGUCGCGUGUCUUGAAUGUCGUGCUGCACGUACACGAUGUGAUGGCAAGCCCGAUUGCUCAAAUUGUACGACCAAAGGAAAGGUCUGUAUUUAUACUCAGAGCAAGAGAGGUGGUUCGAGAAUCCGCAAGAGGAGACAGUCAUCUUCUGAUGGCGAUGCUUCCUCGAACAACAAGGAGUUCAACCACUGUUCUCUGUCAAUCCUCCCUGAGUUCAACCAAGCUUCAUUCGCUGAGCCUCUGGGGUUGGUAGCACCCGGCGGUGGGCUCAGGCAACUUGAUCUGUCGCUGGAGGACACAGAUUUCAUCUUUGAUGCCAUCUUCUCCACGCGCGAUGAGAGUCUGGAUAGUGGAUAUGAUACUUCCGACCAUACUGGCUCAUGCUCAGAGUCCGAUCACCCUCGUUCCUGUAUUCGGGUCUACUCGAGCGAUCAAGAUAUCCUUGCCGCUUACUACACCUAUAUACAUCCCUAUCUCCCAGUACUGCCGGCGCCUGAGCCUGGCCAGGUGUACGAUAAUCCAGAAGUUGGCAUCCGGCGUGCUCCCGAUUCGAUAUUCAACAGUGUAAGCGCAGCCGAUUUUGAGCCAUCAACUCCACUCAGCCUUGCCAUCUCCGCCCUGCUCGCCCUCAUCCCACACCCAGAAGACACAGAUCCAAGCGGAACCGAAUCGGUCCACCUCCGAAGAGAGCAAGCGCAAGCUUUCGCUCAGUCCGCGUACGAGAGCAUCGAAAUUGAGUCGGAACUGGUCGACUCGAAUACUCAACCAGGAGAGGCAUUGAGCCGCGAAAUAGACCCCUUGGAUCGGAAUCCUUUCCACCCUCGGAAUCCUCUUCAAAAUGAAAGCAUCAUUGCUUUGCUCAUGCUCAGCACUUACGAGUAUGCCCAGCGUGGGAAUAUUGCGAAGAUGCGCAACAGAGCUGGUCAAGCUCUGAACGCUGCACUCAAUCUUGGACUCCAUUCCAAAGCCGAUGAGGAUGGCUAUUAUGCAGAAGCGAAUCGAAGAGUGUGGUGGAUGACUUACAUCACUGUCUGUCAAGGUUCCAUUCUUAGCAACUCUCCUCCUCCAAUCCUUCUGUACGAUCCUCGGUUCACAACGUUGGGCCCAACCUUCUCCGCCGACACUGAGGCUUGGACAGAUUUCCUUCAAGCGCAGCAUGUCAUAGUAUCCGCAACCCAGUUUGUGAUUGACUUGGAUGUCACAUUGAAGACGAACUCGAACACAUCGGCAAUCUGGCAACGCAUGCUUGAACUGGAAGGGCUCAUCGAACCUUUAAUUGCGAAGGCCGAUACUUGGACACUGGAAUCCUUUCCACCAGUCAUGCUGGAUAGUUCCGAGUUGAAAGUAUCUCAAGCACUCCGAGGAAUCGCACGGAUCAAGCUCAACAGUGCCAGGAUCAAACUCCAUCGAUACUGCGCCUUCUCUGAUGUCCCAGUUUUCACGAAGAAGCACUGCGACCUGAAAUCUGCAACCGAAUCACGAGUGCAAAGUGAGGCACCAAUGGCACCCAACUGUUCAUGCAGUACCACCUUCCACCAGUUGUCAAACAUGGAUCUAUCUCCCAACUCAUCGAUGUCUCCACCUUCCACCACCAAUUGUGGCAUUCUCCCAUUCAGUAGCACCUUCUCUGCCAAGGUUUGCCUCAAGUCAUCCUUCAAUAUCGCGCGUUCGUUUCAGAGCCUACCUUACCCUCAACCAGCACCAUCUUCCGAUCCAAUGCAUUUUUUCUCAGCCAUGAAAGAUAUCAAGGUUCCCAGGAUGAUGCCGGUGUUUGCUUGCUGUGCCAUGCAGAGCAGUUACGCUAUGAUCAUGCUUUGUUACAAGACAAGAGCCAUGGGGUUUGUUGGAGCUGUUGAUGAUGGGAGAGAGUCUCCGGCAUCGAAGCUCCUGAGUCAAUUGCAAGAUGGGCUAGGAUUGAUCUUGGAUGCAUUGAGGAACUACUCUCUAGCUUACGAAGCUUUGGGCGGGAUGCGAGACCAGAUUGAAGUGGCCACACAAUCGGUCAACAAUAUGCAAGUCAGUCCAAUUCCUGACCAUUAAAUUCAGCUCUAGCAAGAACGGUCGAGCUACGGGCUAUUUUUUCUAAGCUGUGUAGGAUACGAGGCAUUGGUGUAACGACGGCGUACUUAUAUGGGGUUAUGAGAUUUCGAGGUUUUCAAGGAGUUGUUGUAGAGGUUGGGCUCAGGGUUGAUAUGUUGACACGAAUUCUCAACAUUGGGGAUGUACACUUCACUUCCUUCUUCUUCCAGGGUAUGUUCUUUGCUGCUUUCUCGCGGGACGAAGUCCCUCCAACUCCAAUAUGGGUUUCUCUAUGUGGAGGCGGGAUCUCCAGGGGAGCGCUUUGGGUUGAGGGUUUCUUGAAGAGGGAUUUGACCAGACUAAUAGAUUAUCUAUGACUUGAAAAUCCCUUUUGCAGACAAUAGGAUCUCAUCUCAGGUAUAC